AUGAAACUCUUGAAUAAUUGGAGUUGGCUCUUGUUCUUCUACUUUCUAGUAAAUAUUAUUGAAGGGAGAGAUUGGCUGGUGGAUAAAAUAACCGAUGUCACAACACUAACCAAGACGCCAGCAGGUACAUUACUCCUUUCGAAUACGUUGAUUAGUCGAGAAUUCCUACUUGAACCUGACUUUGCAACUAUCGACUUUCGAGAUUUGCACGCGACUGAUUCCAGUUUGUUACGAUGCGUCAAACCUGAAGCUGUGAUAACAUUAGAUACAAUUCAAUAUGCGAUUGGCGGAGUGAAACCCAACACCCAAUGUGCAUAUUUCAAUCGAACAGAUUUUUGGAAAAAUAAACAAUUAGAUGUAAAAGCAUUCCACUUUUCGACCUACGAAGUCGGAACACCUAAAGCUCCCUUCUCAUACACACCAAAACGUUUUGCUCCAAGUGAUAUACAAUGGCCACCGAAAGGCAUUCAUUUGAGUGUCUAUUUCAAAGCACCAUACUAUGCACCAUUAUUCCAUAAGUAUGUUACUGUGGUUGUCAAUUAUGAAAUGUACGAUGGCAUACCAUUACUUUCUAAAUGGAUCGAUGUUAUUGAUACGAGUGGUCGAGGUGAUAUUGAUCUUUCGUUCAAUUCAGUAGAAAUUCUAGCUGUAAACCAACCAUGGUCUCCUUUUGGUCAUUCAUGGUUAUAUAUUGAAGAUGAUCAACCAGCGGGUCAUGGCACAAAUGUUUUAUGGACAAAUGAUGUCGAAGUCAAUACAAUUCCAGGCUCAUUUCCACCUUUGGUUAAUUGUACGUAUCAAACUGAUCAUCCAAUCAUUGUUCCACUCGUAACGCAGUUAUCGUCGUUUCGCGUACAUGAACUUGUCAUUGGUUCAUCUGAUGUAGAACGUGUUGCUCUGUCUAAGCACCGUCUAAUUCGUUUAUUAGCACCUCAUACGCAAGAAAAUCCAAUUUUCUUUCACAUGAUUAAUGGAAGUUCACCAGCAUUUCGUCAAGCUAUCGAUCAAAUGGCUGAGGUGGGCUUUGAAAUGCUUAUUUACUCCUUUGGAUCUGGCUUUGACAUGGAAUCCAGCAAUGAAAAAUACAUCGAACAAAUCACGAGCGAUAUCGCUUAUGCCAAGAGUAAAAACAUUGAAGUUGGUGGCUACGAUUUAAUUGCAUUAACACGUGAAGUGCAACCGUCAUGGAUGGCCAUUGAUCCACACACUGGUAAACCACGUGACAGUGCAUGCUUCGCAUCGGGAUGGUACGAUUAUCUGUUGAAUCACACAUUGACAUUUAUGGAUCGUACUGGUCUGAUCAUGGUAGAAACGGAUGGUCCGUAUGGUGGAUAUUCAUGCGCAUCGACUACUCAUAGUCAUCAUCGAAAUAAUGAUGACAGUAUUUAUCGACAGAAUAUUCUACAAGGAAACUUUUUCCGUACACUUCGUGAACGUUCGGUAUAUAUUAAUCAACCUGAUUACUAUUUCUAUGAAGGCGGAUCAAAAACUGGAAUGGGUUAUAACGAAGAGCAAUAUUCUUUACCACGAUGGAUGGAUAUAAGUGUGUCUAGACAAGGAAUGUUCGAUGAUACAUACGAACGAAUUCCAACAAUAGGCUGGAUGUUUGUCCCUUUGACUGUCUAUCAUGGUGGUGGUGCAGCAGCGCAGUUCGAGCCACUGGUCGCUCACCAAAUCGAAUACGAAUGGGCGUUAGCACAAUAUCUAGGUGCGGGUGUCGCUGCUUGCUAUCGAGGUUAUCGUUUAUACGAUACAAAUGCUACGAAAGCAUUAGUAACAAAGUGGGUUAAUUUUUAUAAAAAAUAUCGGCCCAUUCUCAUUCGUGAUAUUAUUCAUGUCCGUCGUGCUGAUAUGCAAUCAAUUGACAGCUACAUGCAUGUGGAUCCAUAUUCCAAUGAUAUCAAGGGCUUAGCUAUGGUAUUCAAUCCGACAUCAAAUCCAAUAGAUACGAACUUAGUCCUCCCACUCUAUUAUACUGGUUUAACUGAUGUAGCACAAGUGUCUGAACAGGAAAAUCCUUGGAAAAACUAUACCUUAGCUCGGGAUUACCAUAUUGAUUUACCUAUUUCUCUACCAGCACUUGGAAUAACUUGGUUCCUGAUCAAAUGA